AUGGGCCGCCUCGACGACAAAGUCAUCAUCGUGACCGGCGCAGCCGCCGGCUUCGGCCGCGGCAUCGUGCUGAAGCUCACCCGGGAGGGCGCCAAGGUGCUCGCCGUCGACAUGAACGAAGCUGGUCUACAGGAAACCAUCGCCGAAGCCAGCUGUUCCAACACCGCCUCCCCUAAUUCCUGCACGGCCUUCACAGCAGAUAUCUCGAAGGAGUCGUCCUGGCGCUCGCUACUCCAAGCCUGUCUUGAAGCCUUCGGAGGCCGCCUGGACACAGUCGUGAAUUGUGCCGGCGUGGUGCACAAUGCCGGCCCCUCGCACGAAGUCGCGGAGGAACAAUUCGAUCUAAUGUUUCGUGUCAAUGUGAAGCCGCUGUAUCUGAGCAAUAAGGUCAUCACGCCGUGGUUUGUGGAGAACAAGGUCAAGGGUUCCUUCGUGAAUCUGAGCAGUAUCAGUGAGCCACGGCCGCGGCCAUUCUUGGUGUGGUAUGCGGCGAGUAAGGGUGCGGUGACCGUCACAACAAAGGGUUUGGCGGGGGAAUAUGCGGCGCAGGGGGUCAGGUUCAAUUGUAUCAGGCCGGCGGUCGGGGAGACUGCCAUGCUACCAAAAGUCCUUGGGGGGCAUGACACGCCGGAAGGGAGAAAGAGAGUCUUGGGGACCGUCCCACUCGGCCGAGUCUGCCAACCGGAAGAUGUUGCCAAUAUGGUCUGUUACUUGGCGAGUGAUGAAGCGAACUACAUCACUGGGGCUGCUUUUGAUGUUGAUGGUGGUAGAGGCGUGUCGUGA